AAUAAUGCAGCGUCCCAGCAGUCACGCUCAAGCUCAACCUCAACAACAAAUAAGUGGUUGUUUUUUGAUUGUUUUGAUAAGCGAGAGAGAGAGAGAGAUGCAUGACCGAAAACCACGAGACAACGAUAAGUAGCGGCAGAGCGAAGCACUUCUAAGACAACAUUACUGCUCUAUUAAAUUAUAUUUUGUUCAACAAGCUUUGAGGUUAAGCUCAUAGUUGAUUGUGAAAACAAUGGAAAACAGUGGCGAUAGCGGCGACGAUGGCCCUUUGGGUUCAGGAAAUUUCCUUAGUGGUAGUGGUGUAGCCACAACUUACAUUGGUGUUCAAUCCGAUGAUUUAGAAGAUGAUUUGGAGAAUACCGACGAUUCCAAUCAUGGAGGCGGUGAUCCCCUGCACAGCGGGGGUUCAGGCGGCGGAGGUGGUCCCCUUCGCGAGCAAGAUCGUUUCUUACCAAUAGCGAAUGUAGCUAAAAUAAUGAAACGGGCUAUACCGGAAGCUGGUAAAAUAGCUAAAGACGCACGAGAAUGCGUGCAAGAAUGUGUCUCAGAAUUCAUAUCGUUCAUAACAUCAGAGGCGAGCGAUCGUUGUCACAUGGAAAAACGUAAGACGAUAAAUGGCGAGGACAUAUUAUUCGCAAUGACGACUCUCGGUUUCGACAAUUACGUGGAGCCACUGAAGCUAUAUCUUCAAAAAUAUCGAGAAGCAACAAAGGGUGACAAUCCACCGGGAGGAGCUGCUACAGGAAAUGGUAAGAGCGAACCGAGCGGUGCUAUUUACGAGGAACAAUUGUUCGCUAUAACGGCAUCAAAUGCCACGACAUCGGAUACACCGGUCAUCUACAGUUAUUCGUCCAAUGAUCAGAUGCAGUUUCAAUUGUCCUGAUCGACUGUUAAUGAUGAUGGGACAGCGACAUUCGUUAUUUAUUCCGAUGAAUCACUGGGCUCAUCCUCGACGGAGCAUGGGGAGUCAUCUUAUUUGGAGGAAUGAAAUGUAAGAUAUUAUCGUUUUCGAACGAGAAAUCCCAGAGGAAAGUGACCUGCGGAAUAUUCGCCGAUUGGGGGAAUAAUAAAAUGAAAAACGGACGUGAGCGUUGGUUGGAAGGACAAAAUUCGCCAAUACGUAACGAUUUAUAAACUAUAAAUAUUCAUAAAAUAAUGGUUGUUUGAGGUAAACGAAAGGGCAAGAACACCAUAGAGAAAAAAAAUAACAUUAUACAUUGAUAUUUAACUACGAAGAAGUCUAUAAUAGGUAGAAAAAAUCAGCCGAUUCUUUAUUAUAAUAAAUGAUCUCAUAAAGCGCUA